CCUGUGGGUAAAGUAACCAGCGCGCGGGAGUCCGGCGCGGUUAGCCAUUAACCUGGUCUCCUCGGUCACUGUGGACACCGGAGGAGGAGAAGGGCAGCUCGCUCCCACCGAGGCAUGCUGCCGCUCGGCCGCCACAUCUCACCAUGAGCGACCGCGAGCACCGCGCGCGCGGCGGCCGGGACUCAUCCGCGGAGGACGGCGCGACGGUGACCUUCCACAAAGCGGACGGCCGCGACCGAGGGGAGCGCGCGGAGGAGGAGGAGGAAGCGGAGGAGACGGUGCAUCUGCACACGAACUGCCAUGUGUCGUACGAGCGCGAGCGUGAUGCUGGAAGGGAGGCGGAGGAGGAUGAGGAUACGCCGGCGGGAGGAAGCGAGAAGAAGACGCUGUGCCCGGCGGCGACGUGCGUCACCGCACCCCGCGAGGGACGCGCGCGCGAAGAUGCAGAGAAGCCUAAAAGAUGUCCGGGUCUCGGGUUGUUCUACGCCCUCCUGUCCACAUUUUUAUUCUCCACCAUCACCGUCCUGGUGAAAACGAUCCAGGGAAUCCACGCCAUAGAGAUCAGUGCCAUACGCUGCUUCUUCCAGAUGCUCUUUGUUGCACCGUUGCUCAUCUACCACAAGACAGGUUUCCUUGGUCCCAGAGAUAAGCGCAUAUAUUUGCUGCUUCGCGGCUUCCUUGGUUCCAACGCCAUGAUCAUGCUCUUCUAUGCAGUUCAGCAGAUGCCGCUGGCGGACGCCACUGUCAUCGCCUUCAGCAACCCAGUGUUCACCUCUCUUCUGGCUUGGAUCUUCCUGAAAGAGAAAUGUACAAUCUGGGACUGUGUUUUCACUGUUUUCACCAUCACUGGAGUGGUCCUCAUUGCCAGACCGCCGUUCCUCUUCGGCGAGGCUCUUGGAGGCUUUGAGACCGACUACAGCAAGCACAUGAAGGGGGCCAUCGCUGCCUUAGCAGCUGCAAUCGCAGCUGCUUGCACGUUUGUUAUCCUCCGGAAGUUGGGGAAGAGCGUCCACUACUACCUCUCCGUCUGGUAUUACGCCGUCAUCGGCCUGAUCGAGUGCAUCGUCGUCGUGUCCGUCCUCGGGGAGUGGAGGCUCCCCUCCUGCGGCCGUGACCGCUGGCUGCUGGUCCUGAUCGCCGUCUUGGGCGUCGGCGGCCAGACCCUCCUCACCAAGGCCCUGCAGCUGGAGAAGGCCGGGCCCGUGGCCCUGAUGAGGACCGGCGACGUGGUGCUGUCCUUCAUGUUUCAGUUCGUCUUCUUCAACCGGGCGCCCACCCUGUGGAGCCUGGGAGGGGCGCUGUGCAUCGUGGCGAGCACCAGCGGCAUAGCCCUGAGGAAGUGGUAUAUCAUGACUCGCAAGAGUUGACAAGCAGGAAAAUCCAGCAUAGAAGUAGUAUUACCUUUCUGUAAUAUUAGUUUUUACACUUUCCGUCUUGAUAUACUCAAGA